GGCUAGCAUUCAUACCCUUUUCUCACAAAUAUGGGAUGGCUUAUUUUCUAAUAACGCUGAUGAUAAGGUGAGAUAUAGGAUAAAAUUGAAGAAAUUACUCCAGAAUUCAAAAUCUUGCGAAACUUGUUUUGCAAUCUUGUUCCAAAAGACUAAAGAUGAAAAUUCAAACAAACUAGAGUGCUUGUUGAUGACAAGAUACUUUGCUGAAUCAACCAAUAAUGAACCAAUCAACAUCGGUAGAAUUAACCAAAUUUUAGAAUUGUUGAAAAAGGACUUGUCAAUCUCAAAGGAUAUUGCUCAUACAAUUGGCCUACUAUCAAAGCCUGGCGGCACUUUGGUCAGUAAAUUGGAAUUCUCGAUUGAAAAUGCUGCUGAAAAUUUACUAAAUAAAAGAGAAAGCAAUAAACUAUUUGCCCUAUACCUUUUGCAGGAAUGCUGCAUAAAUAAUAUGGCUGUAACUUCAAAACUGAUUGAAUCCUCUAUAUUGUCUCGUUUGUAUCAAACUUUGAAAGACUCCAGUGUUAAAGUUAGAGACGAAUCUGCAAAACUAUUGAAACUAGUAUUAAACGAAUUAUUACUAAAGGACUCCUUCUUAAAUUUUCAACUAUAUGAAACUUUGUUUAGCAAAGCUAAAGAAAACUCAAUAGUAAAUUCAACUGAAAAUAUUCAUUGUUCAUUAUUAAUCUUCAGAGAAUUAGCUUCAAUAAGCAAUCAAGUCUUAAAACAUUAUAAAUCAAUUUCAAUGGAUUAUACAUCAAAUCAAUUGUCGUCUUAUAAGAACAUAAUCUCAUUAAUUGACAAUAGAGUUAACGAGAUUUACAUAACAUCUUUAAAAUUCAAAGAUCACAAAUCCUCGAAUAUUAGAAAAGCGGUUACUAAUAUAAUUCCUUACAUUGCUUCUUACAAUCAAAAAUUUUUCAUUCAAAAUUAUUUACCCCUUUUAACUGACCAAUAUAUUUUAAUCAUUAAAAAAGACAAAGAUAAAAUUCCCAUUCUAUAUUUGUUUGGAAGAUUGGCUCUGUCUCUCGGCUCUGCGUCUGCUUAUAAACCCUUUUGUGAUAAAAUCAUUCCAAUACUUGAAAGCUUAUUAAUUGCUUUAACUUAUAACACAAAUCCUUCAAUAAAUAAAGCUUCCUCACCCUUAAUAUCUAUUUUUGCAAAUGUUAAUAAUUUAAAACAAGAAAAACGUUAUGAAUUUGAAAAUGCAAUUUUUUAUUGUCUAUCAAAUUUUUCUGAUUGUCUUAAGGAAAACUUGAUAAGUUCUUUCAAAAAUAAUUUGAUCGAUCUAUUAUCUUAUUGCAAUAUCUCUGAUCAUUUAAUUACAUUACUACAAAUUUUAAUAAAAAAUACUCCAACACUAGAAGAUGAAAUCUUUGAGAAAUUUAUAAAUGUUAUUUCAAAAUAUCUAGGAGGAACCACUUUUAUAACACCCGGAUUGCCAAUUUCGAAUUUAGAUUCAAAUAUUAGAAAAAAAUUAAUAAAAUCAAAUUCAAAUGGAAUUGGAAUUGGAAUUGGAAUUGGAAAUGGAAAUGGAAAUGGAAAUGGAAAUGGAAAUGGAAACGGAAAUGGAAAUGGCAAUGAAAAUUUUUAUUACAAUUCUUAUAAUAUUUACUCAAAUAAUUUGCCCUAUGAUAACCAUUUUACAGACAAUUAUUCAUCUAGUUUAAAACCACUUGCUUCAAAUAAUUACAUGGUUAAUGAUGGCCAUACAGCUUCAAUUAAAAAUCUUGUUGAUUUAAAUGUAGCCAAAAAUCUUAGAGAAUCGGUUCUUCAAAAUUAUGGUUUUGUUCAAACUCCUUCAAAUUAUCUUGGAACAAACGAAACAGAAAACAAAAAUUCUUUUUUAUAUCAAAACAAUCUACUCAUAAAAGGAUGUUUUAAGAUGUUGACAAUUUUAAAUUUCACUCAAAAAUACUCUUUAAAUGAAUUUGCUAGAUUUGUUGUUUUGAAAUACACAGACGAUGAUGACAAAAAUUUAAGGGACCUAGCCGCUGGAACCGUCUGUUUUUUGUUUUCAAAUGAUCCUAUUAUCAAUGAAGUUUCUUUGAAUUCGUUAAUGGCAAUGAGUGAAAUUUUAAACCAUCUAUUAACUAUUGCCGUAACAGAUCCUUCUUCUCAAAUAAGAAGCAAUGUUUUGGGUAUGCUUUCAGAAAAAUUUGAUUCUCAGUUAUCCCAACCUAAUAAUGUUCAACUAUUAUUAUUAGCAUUGAAUGACUUGAACUUUUCCGUUAAAAAAAAUGCAUUGGUGAUUUUAUGUAGAUUAUCGCAUAAAAAUCCAGCUUUUAUUGUACCUUCCUUAAGAAAAACAUUGAUUCAACUUUUAACAGAUCUUCAAUUUUCAAGUGUUGAAACUAUCAAAGAAGAAAGUGCUUUAUUAUUGACUGAAUUGAUAAAUUCAUCCAACAAUUUGGUAAGACCUUUUAUUAAACCAAUAUUAGAUUGUUUUAUUCCUAUUAUUUCAAGCGACAAUGUAUCAACUUUGAAUUUCAUUACGGUUAAAUCUUUAGGUGUUCUUUCAGAUAUUGUGGGGGAAAAUUUCAAGCCAGAUUUGGCCAAAAUUUUUCCUUUACUUCUUAGACCGUUAAAAGAAAACUCAAGUGCUAUUUCCACUGAAGAAAAGCUUGCUAUUCUAUCUGCAAUCGGUGAAAUGUCUCUCAAUUCCGGCUAUGUAAUUAAACCAUUUCUUGAUUAUCCAGAGUUAAUGCCUACUUUGUUGGAUUUAUUGAACAAUGAUCCAUCAAAAAUUGUUAGAGAAGAAGUUGUACGAGUAAUAGGUACUUUAGGAGCAAUCGACCCAUUUAAAAUAGGGGAGGCUACUAAGCCUAAAAGUGAUAUAAAAAGCUACUCUAAUAAUGAAGAUGAUGAUACAGAAGAUGACAGUUUUCUUGUGAGCACAAUUUUAAAAGAUGUUGCUCCAAAUGUAAAAAUUCCUGAAACACUUCAAAAAGAUACUCCUAUUGAUAUUUUGUUACUAAUGCAAAGAGAAUUGGUUCCUGGAACACAAUCAUUUAAUUUGAUAGUCAUAUUUAUAUUGCUACUAAAAUUGAUUAGAAACAAAUCACUAGUAGUACGACAUGAACUAGCUGUGAAAACAAUUUGUGAAGUUUAUAUAUCAUCAAAGUCGUCUGGACAACCUUUUCUUAUUUAUAUUAUAAAUGGUAUUCUCAAUGCUAUCAGACAUUAUCCACCAUCAAAAGUAAAGGCCUGUCUCAGUGAGCUAUCAAAUCUUGUUAAGUUUGCGAGAAGACAUGUCAGAGCAGCAGUUCCUAAGAUUGUUGACUCUAUUCAGUACUUUUUUGUACUUAGUAUUGAUCUACAAGGCCCAGCUAUUAAUUUACUUGAAGCAAUUGCUGAGAUUUUCGGAGCUGAAUUCAAGUACCAGAUACCGUCAAUAAUUACAAUGCUUUUAAAUGUUUUCAAUUCAGAUACAUCAUUAAAUAAGAAAAGCUCAAUAAGAGUUUUACAUGCUUUUGUUGUUUUUGGUUCAAGUUUAGAUGAAUAUACAAAUCUCGUGGUUUCUAGUAUUAUAAGACUUUUAGAUGUCUCGCCACUUAAUUUAAAAAAAGCUUCCAUCGAAACGAUUGGAAAACUUUGCAACAGUACAAAUCUCUCUGAUCAAUCUUCUAAAAUCAUUCAGCCUUUGUUGAAAAUUCUUCAGAGCAAUGACCCAGACAGUAUGAGUCUAAAAAAUCUUGCGAUGAACACAAUUUGCUCACUUUUAACUCAAAUCGGUCCUAACUCUGUUUUAUUUUUACCUGUAAUAAACAAGGUAAUUGCUGCAAAUGGAAUUGAAUCUCAAGCAUACACAAAUUUGGCAAAUAGGCUAGCCAGAAAUGAGCAAUUACCAGUGUUGAAAGAUCCUGAAAAUGGAGAUUAUCUUGUAAACACACCAAUGAAUAAUACAGAAGAUAAACCCGCUCCUUAUUCUAUUGAAGAGUUGCAAAAAGCUUGGAGUUGUGAAAACUAUAAAGAAAGAGAUAAAAAAGAUUGGUACAUUUGGAUAAGGAACUUAUCAAAUAUAUUAUUAGAUCAGUCACCUUCAUCUUCAUUGAGAGCAUGCAAAAAUCUAGCGUUUUAUUAUUCCCCAUUAGCAGACCAAUUGUUCAAUGUGAGUUUUUAUGCUGUUUAUAAAUGUUUGGACAAUAAGAAUAAAGCUGAUCUUAUAAAUUCAAUUUCAGUAGCUUCUGGUACUGCACCUUUAGAUAUGGCUCAAAAUUUGUUGGAUCUUUUUGAAUUUCUUGAACACUGUGAUUCAGAUGGCGAUACAGUUAUACAGCCAGGUAUAUUAGCAUCGCAUGCUUUUCGUACACAUGCAUCAGCCAAGUCUUUGCACUACAGAGAGGCAGAAUAUUACAAUGAAAUUGAUGCUGGAAACUCUGAUUCGGACUUUGUGGACAAACUUUUUAUUGAGUCCUUGAUUAGUAUUAAUUAUAAUCUUCAACAACAAGAUGCAGCAAUUGGUAUUUUAAAAGUUGCAGAGAAAAAGUAUGGCUUUAAACCAAAAGCUUCGUGGUACCAAAAGCUACAGAGAUGGGAUGAAGCAUUGGUAAUGUAUCAAGACAAGUUAAAAACAGAUCCGUAUAAUGCCAAAACCUUGGAAGGUGAAUUAAGAUGUAUGUUAGCAUUAGGAGAGUCUGAAAAAAUGUCUUCAAUUUUCUUAGAUAAAGUGAAAGUUGGAGACUGCAAAGAAAUUGCUCAUCUUGUUGCAUCCGCCGACUGGAGUUUGGGCAGGUGGGAAAAUAUGAAUUUAUACAUUGAUGCUAUGCGUGGAGGAUCUAGUUACUUUUUUUUUAACACAAUUCUUAAUAUUCAUCGCAAUGACUUAAAGCUAGCUAAAGUUAAUAUUGGCAAAGCCCGAAGUAAAAUAGUACCUGAAAUACAGAAUCUGAUUAAGGAAAGUUACAGGCGGGCUUAUGAGGCUAUUUUCAAAGGUCAGUUGUUAACCGAAUUGGAAGAAGUAAUAAAAUAUAAGGAAUUACCAAUGGAUUCUUCUAAAAGAAAAUUUUUGGUUAAAAUGUGGAACGAAAGACUAAAUGGAUCAUAUACAGAUGUGGAUUUUUGGCGCAGAUCUUUAAAUGUUCGUUCAUUGGUUUUAUCACAAAAAGAAGAUGUUUUAAUGCUUGUGAGGUUCAUUAAUCUAUGUCGUAAAUCUAAUAGGCUUCAAUUGGCUAAAAAAACAAUUUCUUAUUUGAUGGACACUAAUAUUCAAUUGGGUUCGGUUUCAUUAUUGCAUCCAAAAGUUGUUUAUUCAAAUUGCAAGUUAUUGUGGGAAGAAGGUAAAAAAGAUUACGCGUUGGCUCAGUUGGCUGGUUUUAGUGGAAAGUUUGCUAGUGUUUUGGGCUUGAAUCCAGAUAGCUUGAUAGAUUGCAAAUUUCCUAUUAACAAACCUUGUUCUGAAGAAGAAUAUCAAUCUUAUAUCGAAAUAUUGGCAAGAUUUUUUUCCAAGCAAAGUGAAUGGUUGGUAGAGUUAAAACCUGAUUGGAAAAGUAACCCAAACGAAGUUUUGGGAUGCUUUUUAGUUGCAAAAUCUCUUGUUCCAAAAUGGUAUAAAGGCUGGCAUUAUUGGGCUUUGGCAAAUUAUCAGGUUGUCUCUCAUAUAACACAAUCUGUGACAAGAAAUGAGAGUUCAAGCAGCGAGGAAGACGAUUUUGAAGUGGUUAAAAGAUUUGUUCCUACUGCUAUUGAAGGAUUUUUCAAAUCAAUAGAUUUAUCGACAAGAAAUGCCAUACAAGAUAUGCUACGUAUUUUACAUUUAUGGUUUCGUUAUGGUGGUCAUCAAGAGGUUGCAUCACAAAUUGAGCUGGGGAUAAACUAUAUUGACAUUUCAUUUUGGUUAAAUGUAACUCCUCAGUUGUUUUCAUCUAUUCAUCACCCAAACCCCAAAAUUAACCAUUCUUUGCAGAAUUUAUUAAUCCAAUUGGGAAAGGCUCAUCCUCAAGCAUUAAUAUUUCCAUUGACAGUGGCCUUUAAAUCAUCUAUUGCAUCAAGGAAAGCGGCUGGUAAUGUUAUCAGUAGUAUGCGUCUUCAUAGCAAAGAAUUAGUUGAACAAGCUACAAACGUGUGCAAUGAAUUAAUGAGAGUAGCUAUAUUAUGGUAUGAAAUCUGUCAAGAAAAACUAGAAGAAGCAUCUAAGUUCAAUAUUGAACAAAAUCCCAAAAAAAUGUUUCAGAUUCUUCAAGAACUACAAAACUUUUUCAAAAAUCCGGAAACGCUCAAUGAAAGAGCUUUUCAUACUGCUUACUAUAAAGAAUUAUGUAAAGCAUUUCAUUUCAUUGAACAAUAUAAUAAAUCAAAGGACCAAACUGCAAUUAAUCAGGCAUGGGAAAUCUACCAACAAGUGUUUCGAAGUACUCGAAAGUAUAUGGAACAGUAUAAAUCUCUUGAACUUGAAUACAUUUCUCCAAAUUUACUAAAAUACCGAGAUUUGGUGCUCGCAAUACCAGGAACAUAUGAUCCAAAUAAACCGAUAGUCAGAAUUAAGAGUUUUGGUAAUAUUUUAAGUGUUUUUAUAUCUAAACAACAUCCUCGUCGUAUGCAUAUUAUUGGACAAAAUGGUAAAAUUUAUGAUUACAUUUUAAAAGGUCGUGAAGAUAUUCGUCAAGACAAUCUUGCUAUGCAAUUGUUUGGCUUGGUUAAUGCAAUUUUGAAAAAUGAUAAUCAAUGUAAGAAACGACAUCUUGAAAUUCAAAAAUAUCCGGCUAUUCCUCUAGCACCAAAAUCAGGUUUGCUUGGAUGGGUUCCUGAAAGUGAAACAUUUCAUAUUUUAAUUAAAGAACAUAGAUACCUGACAAAGCAAAUGCCCAAUUGCGAAACUAGAUUGUUAGAAUCGUAUGCACCAUUAUCCAUUCAAAUGCCAUUUUUAAAAAGAGUUGAGGUGUUUGAUUUUAUAGAUGCUUAUUCAAAAAAACAAAAAAGAGAUUUCUAUAAAAUUUUGUGGUUGAAAAGUCGAUCAUCAGAAGUUUGGCUAGAAAGACGUAGUACAUUUACUACAUCAUUAGCUGUUAUGUCUAUGGUUGGUUAUAUUUUGGGACUUGGGGAUCGUCAUCCUUCAAAUAUUAUGUUGAAUGGGGUAACAGGAAAAGUUGUUCAUAUUGAUUUUGGUGACUGUUUCGAGGCAGCAAUUUUACGUGAAAAGUUUCCAGAAAAGGUUCCAUUUCGUUUAACAAGAAUGUUGAGAGCUGCUAUGGGAUUUACUGAAAUUGAAGGAGGGUUCCGUAUUACGUGUGAAAAUGUGAUGAGAGUAAUUCGCGAUAACAAAGAAUCAUUGAUAGCUAUUUUAGAAUCAUUUGCAUAUGAUCCAUUAAUUGGUUGGGGUUUUGAGGUUCCUCCUAUUGCAGUGGGAAAACAAGCAGGAAUGAAUAUUUCACCGAAUUUACUUGAAAUGCAUAAAAAAGGUCUUCUUGAAAAGGAGCAAGCUGAGAAAGUUGAGGAAGAAAUUACCAAAGAUAUUACAAACUAUCGUGCAGAUUAUAUUACUAAAAGAAUAACAGCUAAACUAACAGGUAAUGAUUUUCCAUAUUCAAGAGAUUUAGAUGUUGAGGCUCAAGUUGAUAAAUUGAUUGAGCAAGCAGUUGAUAAAGAAAACUUGUCUCAACAUUAUAUCGGUUGGUGCUCAUUUUGGUAAUUGGAUAUUAUUUUUUGUUUUUUCUUUUGUUUUGUUUCCUUGUUUUUUUUAUCGUUAGUGUUAUUUUUUUGGUUUUAAUUCUCAUAGAUAAUUAUAUUAUUGGUUUUCCUUUACUUUAUUAUAUUUUGAGUGAUAAUUGUUUUGAU